AUGUGUCUUGAGAUGGGUCUGCAUCGGCGAGACGCACUUGCCAAAUCGUUUCCUGACGAGGCGCAGUGGCCUGAGGUCGUCAAGAUAUUCUGGUCGAUAUAUUCCUUGGACAGGCGGUGGAGUUUUGGUACAGGCCUACCGUUUGUCAUACAAGAUGAAGACAUCGAUCCCAACUUACCAGAACCGGAUCCAUCACUGCCGUAUCUUAAGUGCAUGAUCAGCUAUAACCGAAUUAGCUCCAAGGUUUGGUAUUCCGGGCUGGGCUCAGACGGAACAACAGAUAUACGCCGAGACGAGAUCGGUUAUUUGGACUAUCAGGUCCUGCAGUGGUACAAGCAAGUUCCAGAUACGCUCAAGUUCUAUCCUUCCGAAUCUCCAAGGCAAAACGAGACGGCCAGUCGAGGCCUCCGGCGACUACGAGUGCUAUUGUACCUGCGUAUGAACCAGCUACGCAUUCUCAUCUACCGGCCUGUCCUUCACUCCGCAACCAGCAUUGCCGAGGACAAGGGUCACGCUCAGACCGUGGUGGACGUUGCCAAAGAUACCGUUCGAGUACUCACUCGCCUUAACCAAACCUCUGACAUCUAUCGCACCCAGCAAAUCACGUUCAACUAUUUCCUUGUCGCCGCCCUAGCAGUUCUCUUCUUAGCAGUGUGCCAUGCGCCGAAUGAAUUCAAUCGACAAGUGCGAGAUGAGUUCUACCUGGCACUUGAUCUAGUGAAUGGUUUCAGCACGAAGUCAUAUGUCUCGAAACGGUUAUGGAAGACGAUCAAAGGUCUCCGGAGGAUUGGUGAAAGACUCGGCGUCUUGACUCGCCCAUUCGGGACCGAUGCUAAUGAUCCGCACUCGACAGCAGCCGUUGCAAUGGCGGGACUUGCAGGACAUCCCAUGGAAGACCUAUAUGGGCCUUUGAAUGGGGUUGGUGAAUUGGGCAACAGCCCUCUGAACGGAUUGCAGAUGAGUCACGAGCUCACGAAUCUGUUUGAAGCUGUCGGAGGCUUCAGCAACUUCAUGGCGUCGACGACAGGUGAUGGGAUCAAUGGUUUUGUCGGACAUGAAGGGGAUAUUCAAAAUACUGGUGAAGGGCUUUCUGGCGUGUUAGGGGAUGAGGGGGAAUUCGCCCGGGUGAUAAGGGAUCUUUUUUGA